AUUUAUGUACAAAGAUAUAUGUUAGUAUUAUAGCACACAAGCACAAACUCCCCCACAAAUAUAUAAGCCUUUUAUACUUUUCCUUUUUUCCUUUCUCUACAUGUUUUUUGAGUUUAUAUUUGAUGUAAUUUUGAAAAAAAACAUGUCACACUUUAGAGCUUUCUUAAAAAAGAUUCUUUGCUUCAGAAUGUCUGUUCUUGGUUGGUUGUUUAUCCCACAGUUCUGUCCCGGUUGAAACCGAAAUCUUGUUAUUCUUUCCCAAUUAACGUUCUGAGCCUAAUUGGGGCCCAAAGGCAGCUCAUGCAGCGGGUCACGCUUUCACAGAGACACGCCACAUUCUGAGUGUGUGCAUCAACACUGCGCGGCUGCUCAAAGCACUGAUGCAUUCUGGGUAAGUUAAUGACAAAUCUUUUUUCCCCUUAAGUACCGUAGGACAUGACUUUGAGGUUUUCUUAAAUCUCUCAGGGUUAAAUUUUAACGUGGCGUGCAAACACAAGCGCCGGGAGGUGAUUUGUGUGCAGCUCCACCUGAGCUCAUGUCCAUGACCUUUUCGCUCCACACCUGGAAACACGUGGAGCCUCACACCUGUUCACCAAAGUAUUACAUGGAAGACAGAUUCUAAGACUGGAAUGAAGCUGGUUUUAAUGAUGGGGAGUUGAAGCUCCUCAUUGAUCCAGACUGUAACAGGAAAACAUUUUCAGAUCAUUUCUGCAAUAACUUAACAGUAACUGUCUUGAAGCUGGAGAUCCUGUUGGUUCCAACAACUUACUGGGGGUGUUCUCUAAAUCACCCCCACCUCUCAUUCCUUCUAGAUGCAAUUUUGCACAGAGUGUUAGAUUCCCAUCAGGAUCACAUAGUUCGGAGGGAGAUCUACCAGCAGCCGGUCAGCGAGUGCCUGUGGUUCAGUGUCACACCAGCUUGUGGGAUUCCAGAUUGUGCCGCUGUUGCCUGCGUCACACAGCAGCAGGAAGCUUCUUUCAGUUCAGCGCUCCUCAGCAGACGGAGACGCCGCCGGGCCCUUCUCCUGCUAUGGCGGCCGGAGAAUUUCAGAUUCUGCUGAAGGGCAGGAGCCCGGCGCCACGGUUGUCCCAGGGUCUUCCUCCGGAGCGGAGAUCCCAGAGGAAACCCAGCAAAAAGCUCCGCGUUAUCAUCUGUGUGCUGCUGGUAGAGUUGUGUGAAAGGUUCACAUUCUUUGGGAUUGUUUGCAACAUGAUUCUCUUCUGCACCGUGAAGCUGGGCUACGACAACCGCCUGGCAGCAACUGUCAACCUGUGCUUCAUCGGAGCCAGCACCCUGAGCCCCGUCCUGGUCGGCUGGUUCGCAGAAACCGUCCUAGGUAGAACUAAAGUGCUCUACUUGUGCACUCUUCUUCAUUUCUUUGGUAAGAGAAGUUCCUACAAACAUUACAGGGCCCCAAAAAAACAAAACACGAAACCCUCAAAGUUGAUGCUCAGUUGUCCGGUUUCUUCUUGCUGCUGCCAUGCCGUCUUCUCGUCACUGCUGUCCUCUUUAGGUACGGUCAUGCUGCCUGUGGUGGCGUUCCCCUUUGAGGAUUUCUACAUCGACACUCAUCACAUGCUCCACAGGCUGGAAGCGCAGGAGCAGCAGAUCCUGUUCUACACCGGCCUCCUGGCUGCUGCGCUGGGCAUCGGCGGCAUCCGGGCCGUUCUCUGUCCCAUGGGGGCCUACAGCCUGCAGACCUACAACCAACACCAGCUGCUGUCCUUCUUCAACUGGUUCUACUGGUUGGUGAACCUGAAUUCCACGGUGGUGUUUCUGGGCAUCGCCUACAUCCAGCAGUCUGUGGCUCAGAACCUGGGCUUCCUCAUCCCCUUCACCUCUGUGCUCCUGGCUCUCAUCGCCAUCCACAUGACGCGCAGCAAACUCACCUACAGACCCAGAAAAGGAGGGUCUCUGCUGACCACGCUGGGAGUCUUUCUGAACUCUCUGAAGAUGUGCUGCCUCCACCGUCGCCACCUGAGUGGAGACGUGGUGUCUUGGCUGGACCGGGCCAAGGAGAACAACGGCGGUCGGUACAGUGAGAGGCAUGUGGAGAGCGUCAAAGUCCUGACGGAGCUCUUCCCUCUCUACGGGCUGCAGCUGCUGUACAGGGCCUGCGUCACGCAGAUCCCCUCCGGCUACUACAUUCAGGCCAUGAACUCCAACCUGCACCUGGACGUCCUGCUGCUGCCCAUCGGCACCAUGAACGUGGUCAGCAUCCUGCCCCUGCUGCUGCUGGCUCCACUGGCUGAGUUUGUGACCACCUACCUCCUCUCGACGGGGAAAACUCCUCUGGCUCCUGCAAAGCUCAUAGCCCCUCUCUCACCAGCCCCCCCUGUCCAUCCUCCCCUUCCAGCUCUGGGACACGCGUGUGCCGCUCUGUCUGUUCUGGGGGCAGGCGUGUCGGAGAUGUGGAGGAGGCUCCACCCCUUGGUGGAGCAGACUCUGUCUGGAAAGGUUCUGCAGGUGUCGUCCAUGCCGUGUUUCCACCUGGCGCCUCAGUACGUCCUGCUGGGCGUGGCAGAAGCCCUCGUCACCCCUGCAUGUUCCCUCAUUUCCUUCCAGCUGACCCCGAGCCACAUCAGAGGAAUCUCCCUGCAUUUCCUCACCCUGUCCUACGGAGGGGGCUGUUUUCUAGGAGCCCUCAUCCUUCAGCUGGUGCACGCCGUCUCAGGAGGUGACUUCUACCCAAAUUCACUUCAAGAUGGGAAUCUGGAGGGGUUCUUCUUCAUCCUGUCCACCCUGAUGGCUGUGAACACCCUGCUGUUCUGGAGAGUGUCGUGCAGGUACGUGGACCUGAGCGUGCGAGGAGGAGCCCGGAGCUGCAAAGCCCCUCUGCGCUUCUACGACACCACCGACCCGGCCGUGUGACCUUCCUGCUGGUGGCGCUGCGUGUUGUUGUCUGCAUGAGGGAGUUUUCACCCAGAAUUCAAAGGUGACAAUUCAAUGUGAAAAAUUACUAUUCAAUCUGGAAAAUGGGCUGCACGGUGGCGCAGUGGUUAGCGCUCUUGCCUCACAACAAGAAGGUCCCCGAUUCAAGUCCUGGCUGGGGGACCUGAACCAGAACACCA